AAGUAUACAGCGCCCUGUAUAUUUAGAAACCAACAAUAAAAUUUAGCAAAGAAGCAAGUCUUGUCUUCGUCUUCUCUUUACCUUAAUCUAAGCAGAAACAAAAAUGGCGGUUGGAAAAGAGGAGGUGGAGAUAGUGAAAGCAAGAACAGACAAGAGAGAAUAUAGGAGAAUCGUUCUUAGAAACUCACUUGAAGUCCUUUUAAUAAGUGAUCCUGAAACCGAUAAGUGUGCUGCUUCGAUGGAUGUUAGUGUUGGUUUCUUUAGCGAUCCCGCUGGCCUCGAAGGCCUCGCUCAUUUUCUCGAGCAUAUGUUGUUUUAUGCCAGUGAGAAAUAUCCAUUAGAGGAUAGUUACUCCAAGUACAUUACUGAGCAUGGAGGCAGCACCAAUGCUUUUACAUCUUCUGAGUUCACCAACUAUUAUUUCGAUGUCAACACUGAUUGUUUUGAAGAUGCUUUGGACAGAUUCGCACAGUUCUUUAUUAAACCAUUGAUGUCAGCAGAUGCAACCAUGAGAGAAAUUAAGGCUGUUGAUUCUGAGAAUCAGAAAAAUUUACUCUCUGAUGCUUGGAGAAUGGGCCAGCUUCAGAAACAUCUAAGUGAUGAAGGCCACCCGUAUCACAAGUUUGGUACAGGGAAUUGGGAUACUCUGGAAGUUCGACCAAAAGCAAAAGGAUUGGACACAAGAAAUGAGCUUAUUAAAUUCUAUGAAGAGAACUAUUCAGCUAACCGUAUGCAUCUAGUGAUAUAUGCUAAGGAAAGCCUUGAUAAACUUCAAAUUCUUAUUGAGGACAAGUUUCAGCAUAUAAGAAACAAAGAUAGAAGCUGCUUGUCGUUUCCUGGGCAGCCUUGCUCAUCAGAACAUUUACAGAUACUUGUAAAAGCUGUCCCAAUAAAACAAGGUCACAGACUGAAAAUCAUUUGGCCAAUAACUCCAGAAAUUCUUCACUACAAGGAAGGGCCAUGUAGGUAUCUUGGUCAUCUUAUUGGCCAUGAAGGAGAAGGAUCUUUAUUUUAUGUCUUGAAAACUUUGGGAUGGGCUACUAGUUUGAGUGCUGGUGAAGGCGACUGGACAAUGGAGUUUUCUUUCUUCAAAGUAGGGAUAGAUCUUACAGAUGCUGGUCAUGAGCACAUGCAGGAUAUAAUAGGGCUGCUAUUUAAAUACAUUCAUCUCUUGCAGCAGUCUGGUGUUUCGGAAUGGAUAUUUAAUGAGCUUGCUGCUGUUUGUGAGACAUCAUUCCAUUAUCAGGACAAAAUCCCUCCAAUUGAUUAUGUGGUUACAAUUGCAUGCAAUAUGAACAUUUAUCCUCCUAAAGAUUGGCUAGUUGGAUCAUCAUUGCCUUCUAAUUUCAGUCCAGACAUAAUUCAAAUGGUACUACACCAGCUUUCUCCAAAUAGUGUCCGAAUCUUUUGGGAGUCGAAGAACUUUGAAGGACAGACUGAAAAGGUAGAACCAUGGUAUGGAACUGCAUAUAGUGUUGAGAAAAUCGACAGCCUUGUGAUUCAGGAGUGGAUGCUAUCUGCUCCAGAUGAAAAUCUGCAUCUACCAGCACCCAAUGUGUUCAUCCCUACUGACUUGUCACUAAAGAGUGCUCAAGAGAAGGUCAUACUUCCAGUACUUUUAAGGAAGUCAUCCUAUUCUUCUUUAUGGUACAAGCCUGACACAAUGUUCAACACACCCAAAGCAUAUGUUAAGAUAGAUUUUAGCUGCCCCCAUGCUGGCAGCUCUCCAGAGGCUGAUGUUCUAACUGAUAUUUUUGCACGGUUGUUAAUGGAUUAUUUGAAUGAGUAUGCUUAUUAUGCUCAAGUUGCUGGUCUUUAUUAUGGCAUUACCAAAACAGACAGUGGUUUUCAGGUGACUCUGGUUGGUUACAAUCACAAACUGAAGAUAUUGUUGGAAACUGUCAUUGAAAAGAUUGCAAAAUUUAAAGUUAAUCCUGACAGGUUUUCUGUGAUCAAGGAGAUGGUGAUAAAAAAAUAUAAAAAUUUCAAGUUUCAGCAGCCUUAUCAGCAGGCUAUAUACUAUUCCUCUUUAAUAUUACAGAAUCAAGCAUGGCCUUGGAUGGAAGAACUUGAAGUUCUUCCUCAUCUUGUUGCUGAAGAUCUUGCUAAGUUUGUUCCAAUAAUGCUCUCGAGAUCCUUCUUAGAGUGCUAUAUAGCAGGUAACAUUGAAAGCAUUGAAGCAGAAUCGAUAAUUGAGCAUAUUGAGAAUGUAUUUUUCAAGGGUCAAAACCCAAUUUGCCAACCAUUAUUUCCAUCUCAGCAUUUGACCAAUAGAGUUAUGAAGCUUGGAAGGGGAAAGAGUUACUUUUAUGCUAUUGAAGGCUUGAAUCCCUCCGAUGAGAAUUCUGCUUUAGUGCAUUAUAUUCAGGUUCAUCAAGAUGAUUUUCUGUUGAAUGUAAAACUUCAGCUUUUUGCUUUAAUUGCAAAGCAACCGGCUUUCCACCAGCUUAGAUCGGUUGAGCAACUUGGAUAUAUUACUGUCCUCAUGCCAAGGAAUGAUUCUGGUAUUCGUGGAGUACAUUUUAUUAUCCAAUCUACAGUGAAGGGCCCUGUACAUAUUGAUUUGAGAGUUGAAGCAUUCCUCAAGUCAUUCGAAACCAAACUUUAUGAGAUGACAAAUGAUGAAUUUAAGAAUAAUGUCAAUUCUUUGAUUGAUAUGAAACUUGAGAAGCACAAGAAUUUGGGGGAAGAAUCUGGAUUUUACUGGCGAGAGAUUGCGGAUGGCACCCUAAAAUUUGAUAGGAGAGAUUCUGAGGUGGCUGCACUAAGGCAGCUUACACAGCAAGAAUUUGUAGAUUUCUUCAAUGAGAAUAUUAAAGUGGGUGCACCUGGGAGGAGGACAUUAAGUAUUAGAGUUUAUGGAGCUUCACAUUCAGCGGAGUACACAUCAGAUAAGAGUGAAUCUCUUCUGCCAAACUCAAUCCAAAUAGAUGAUAUUUUCAGUUUUAGAAGAACACAAUCACUUUAUGGUUCCUGCAGAGGGGGCUUUGGCCAUAUGAAGUUAUAGAAUUUGAAUCCGUAAAAGAGGCUGUUGAGAUUUCUGGAAUAUGGUGGAAGCUUUGCCUUGGCAAUAUGCACAAACUUAGUGGAGAAAAUUUGAGGCCUGGAGAUAAGCUUUGCCAUGAGAACAGAAUGUUUGCCAUUUCGUCUGGUGGGAAGUAUUGUCAAGAGUGAUUGUCAAGGAUAGCAGUAUUAUUCCCUGCAUGGCACCACAAGUAUGAAUCAUGUUUCCUAAAUCUCUUUCACUUUCAACCUCAGCAUUUAUAUUGUAAUUUAUGGUCUUGUGGCAUCAUUUUUAUUUUAUCGUCAUUUAUGCACAAUUGAACCUUGGGGAAACCACCGGAAUAUACAUUCUUCUGUAUCAUUUGACAAAAUAGGAUACAGCUUGCAAUAAAAAAGUUGAUGGCGGGGGAAAAAUUAUUAUUA